UGGGGGAGGGAAUCGAUCCGAGGCGAGUGCAGUAACGAUUCCAGAAUCGAUCGUGUUUAAAAAGCAGGACGAAUCGAUUCCCGGGGUUCACUGACGAAGCAGAGAAGAUGGCGCUCGUGCUGGGCUACUGGGACAUCCGCGGGCUGGGCCAUGCCAUCCGUCUCUUACUGGAAUACGUGGGUGAAGAAUGGGAAGAUAAACUGUACACCAUCGGGGACGCUCCGGACUAUGACAAGAAGGCCUGGCUGGACCAGAAAUUUAAACUAGGCCUCGACUUCCCAAACCUGCCCUAUCUGCUGGAUGGAGAUGUGAAGCUGACUCAGAGCAACGCCAUCUUGAGACACAUCGCUCGCAAACACGGCCUGGUUGGGCAGACAGAGAAGGAGCAAGCCUUAGUGGACAUGCUGGAGGGCGAGGCGAUGGACAUUCGCAUGGCGAUGGUGCGCUUGAACUACGGGCCUGACUUUGCUAAGAACCGCCCCGGCUUCCUGGAGUCUGUGCCGCCCAAGAUGCAAGCCCUGGCCACCUUCCUGGGCGACAAGAAGUGGUUCACUGGUGACCAGCUCACCUACGUGGACCUGGUGCUCUACGAUGUUCUGGAUCAACAUCGGCUGUUCGAGCCGAGCCUCCUGCUCCCUCACCCCAACCUGGGCCAAUUCCUCCAGCGCGUCGAGGCCCUGGACAAGAUCUCGGCCUUCAUGAAGUCGAGCCGCUUCAUAAAAAGCCCCAUCAACGGGCCCAUGGCGGGUUGGGGGAACAAGAAGGAGUGAGCCAUUCGGCAGGAGGAGGGGGGCCUGGAGCAACGUUCUCGCCCUCUUUCUCUACCACCGUGGCCAAUCGGAAGCCGGCAAAACAUAUACAUUUCUUAGCCAAUCACAAGCGUUUAGGAACGCAGGAAGCCCUCGGCCAAUCGGAAGCAAGGAAGAGAAUUGUUAGCCAAUCGGUGCCUUGGAAUGAAGCAAGCUCGUAGCCAAUCGGAAGGUUGGAUUAAUCGCCCCCCCCCCUCCCUUAUCCAAUCGGAACACUCCUCUUAUCCAGAACCCUGAGUAAAAUUUUAUCGCAUCGUAGAAAUGUUGCAAGUUGGGUUGAAGUUUAAAGUUGUGUCAUCAGAAAUGGAGACGCAACGCUGGGCAUCGUAAAAGUUGGGAGAGAUCUUCGGGGCGAUACGCUCGUCGAUUGUAAGUGACACUAAUUAAUAACCUGAAUCGUUAAUUAUCAUAAAUAAUAACGUUCGCGGAAUUGUUGAAACGCACGGAGCGAAGACGUCACGGUGUCCAUGUUACAUGGGGGAGUGUCGCGGCGGCCAUGUUGUAUGGGAGGGGGGGAGGUUGUCUUCCUGGUGGCUGAUUGGCCAGUGCAGUGGAUGACGUAAUCUGUUUAGGCACCGCCGCCACGCCCCUUGAGUUGUGACGUCACGGCAUCCGUCUUGCGACAUUUCGGCCUUGCGACAUUUCGGCCUUGCGACAUUUUGGUGUCGCCCGAUGCAGAACCAUCGUCUCAUCCUCGUACAGAACGGUCAUCUCCUGGAGGUGGCCUUCAGCAAGUUUUACGUUUUCAGUGCGUGGCCCUUCAACUCCGACACUAAAUGCUUGACGUACGCACACACACACACACAGUGGACGCCAUGUUGUGUCGCCCGACUGCAACAGUACAACGUGACGGUGCGCCCGCGUGCGAGGGGAGCGGUGGGACAGCGCUUGGCGCGCCGCUGUGGAUGAACCCCGUCUAAAGGCCCGAGGAAGAUUCCCGGCUCGCGGCCGUCAUCGGUGGCGGCGGAUGAAUAUCUCGACCGUGCCCGGUCGGCCAUCCUUAGUCUUGGGGGGCUUCCCCUCCUCGGUCGACUCCGCCUGCAAACGAGGAAACCUCGCGGCGUGUGCGCCCCUGCGUGAACAUCGGCAUUGGGGAAAUCGAACUCCGGUCUCUGGGUUCGUAGCGCAGCGCGAGAACCCCUCGGCCACUGCUCCCCACCCGCAUCCACAUCCACACAACAACGCACAUCCACGCGCGCACACAACAACGGGGCCCAUUUGCCACUAAGUCUUGGCGAGGUCACCAGCAUGGUGCUUGGGCCAGGCUAGGUGCACAAUCCACAUGCACAAAAACACAUGCAAAAAAACACAUGCACAGACAGUUGUGGGUGAUAUGUGAUUCAUUAAGCUAAAUAAAUGUGUAGCACUUGA